CUCAGUCAAACCGUACAGAAUUAGAACCAAAAAAAAAAAAUCUAGUGCUAUAUUAUCCGCCAUCUUCUGAUUCUUCUCUGCUCCUCUUCAUCACUACAACUCUACAAGUCUACAACAAACAAAUCCCAUACACCAUUGUUGAUCAUGGAUUCCUGGUAAUCUCACUUUCUCUGUAAGUUUCCCACAAGUUCUCUGUAACUUAAGAUUCUCUAAUAUCUCCUCGAUUUUCGCAAACUCCCAAUUUUGAAGUUUAAGUUGAAAUUUUCUCAACUGUAAUUUCUGGGUUUUCAUUUUGCUGCUGGUGACUGGUGACUGGUGGGCUCUUCUGCAUUCAAUUCAUCUUUUUUUUAUCUGAUUUAGUUUAAUUUAAGGUGGUGUACGAAAUUCCCCAAAAAUCUUAGCUUUAAUUUUGCUCAAUUUUGAUGUUGACGAAAAAUUAGGGCUUUUGGGUUUCGUCUUCGCAAUUGGGGUUUAGAGAAUUAGGUUUUCUAUCUAGGGGAUUGAUUUUUGCACUUUUGGGAUGGAUUUUGGAACUGAAUCAGGGUUUUCGGAAAUGGGUGGAGCAUUUGACAAUUGGGGUGGUGUUGGUCCAAAUGAUCAGGCAAUUUGGGCAACUGAAGAUGAGUAUAGAAAUUGGAAUAAUAGUGAAACAACCAGUUACCACCUACCUCCACUGCUCCGUAUGGGAUCAGGUGGCGGAGCUGAGCCUCCCAAUAAAAAGACUAGGAGCUCCUCCCAGAGUGGCGGCGAUGCUGCGGCGAGCCGCUCAAAAGCAAUUGGGAAGAUGUUUUACAAGACUAAGUUAUGCUGUAAGUUUCGUGCCGGGGUUUGCCCUUAUGUCACUAACUGUAAUUUUGCUCAUGGCCUGGAAGAGCUCCGGAAACCGCCACCAAACUGGCAAGAGAUUGUGGCGGCGCACGAGGAGGAGAGGGGUGUUACCGUCGAACAAAGAGAGGAGCACCAGAUACCUACAAUUAGCACCUCUGAAUUGAGGAAUGAAUCUCCUAGGACCUAUAAAGGGAGGCAUUGUAAGAAGUUUUACACUGAAGAGGGUUGCCCUUAUGGAGAAAAUUGCACCUUUCUUCAUGAUGAACAAUCUAGAGCUAGAGAGAGUGUGGCAAUAAGUGUGAAUCCCACCGUUGGCGGCGGCACCGCUUAUGGUGCUAAUGGUCCUACUCAGAAGCCUUCGAAUUGGAAGACCAGGAUUUGUAACAAGUGGGAGACUACUGGUAGCUGCCCAUUUGGGAGCAAGUGCCAUUUUGCCCAUGGAUUAGCAGAGUUGCACAAAUUCAGUGGACUGGACGGGGAAGGUAGAGACUCCCCUAUGCCGGCAGAAACAAAGCCAAGUGGUAUGACAACAAAAACAGAUACAUUAACAUCUCCAAACUUAUUAACCCUCCCUCGUCAGGAGUAUCACCAUGUUGGAAUUCCUUCACAGAGGUCGUCAAGUGUGCCUCAGGCGGUUGGGCAGAGAGCUGCCCAUAAAUGGAAGGGACCUGACAAGAUUAGCAGGAUAUACGGUGAUUGGAUUGACGACAUUGAAUAAUAACUUUACUAUUAUAUAUCUCCAUCAAGGUUCCCAUUUAAGUUUAUGCUUAUAGAUAGAGGGGGGUUAUUAUGAAUCUGUUCUGUAGAAGUAUGUAUUUUGUGUAAUGAGCUUGUUCUAAAUAUGUCAGACUCUGAUGUUCAAAACCCAAGGCUGAAACUUUCUAUGUCAUGUGUUUUCUCUAAUAAACUGUAUCAAUCUUGUACUUCA